AUGUUGAGGAAGACCCUUGUCUUCUUGGCAUCCUGCAUCUUCCUUCUGUUUGUGUCGAACCUGGCGCAAAGUAUGGCAGCCAAGCUUUGCCCUGCUGCGUUGAGCUCCACGCUCAUUACGGGAACUCAAAUGGCUAGCGGCUUUUUGCUUGACGUCUUUGUCUUUCACAAGGUGCCAAAGGCCCUGACUCUGCUGGGUGCCUCCUUGAUGUUCUUCGCCGUGAUCACCAUGGCCCUCACGCGUCUGCCACGACGCGCGCGAGUCGCGGAUCCUCCGCAGCAAGUGCCUCCGGCGGAGGCGGAGGCGACGGUGGACACGCCCAAGAGCUUGGCGUCCUUCGCCGCCUCCGAGUACGCAGAAAGGGAGGUGGAGCACCUCUCCGUCCCUCGGCAGCGUCUGGCCAACCUGCAACGAGUCUUUGGAAUGCAAACGGCGAUGGCGUGA